GCCAAAGAUUCAAAUCUAAUUUCAAUUUGUUUGGAUAGUGUUGUAUGAGUGAGUCGUCUCUUACUCUUUGGAACUAGCAUAUCAAAAUUUCAACUCAAAAUCUCUCUCUCUCUUCGGAGAUAACAUAAUCAAAUUCGACCCUGAUUUAAAAGCUCAACCUUGCGCCUAGUUCUUAAAAAUAUGUAGUGCGUCGUGGUACCUAUGUGCGCGCCUUAGGAAAUUAAGUUAUACCAAUUAUUAAUCGAGUACCAGUAGUGACGGGGUCCAUUCUAUUCAAUUGGUUGCAAUGAUCAGGACAGUGCUAUCAGUUCUGUGGCCCAAAUGGGCACUGUUUUUGUGUAUUUUACUAUUUGUUGCCUAUAAAUGGCUAACAUCCACCUAUGACUUCUUCGAGAAGAAAAAUGUGAAGCAUGAAAAGCCAAAACUCUUCUUCGGGAAUUACAGAGGAUUAAUAUUACGACAAGAGUCACUAUUUGAUUUGGUCAAGCGGUUUUACCUGAAAUUCAAAGAUUACAAAUAUUAUGGAACGUACGAAGUGCGCAAUCCAGUUCUCGUUAUAUCCAGCCCCGAAAUUAUCAAGCAAAUUGGUAUCAGGGACUUCGAAUACUUUCUAAAUCAUCGCGUUAUCUUAGACGCUGAAGAUGAGCCGCUCAUCGGCAACUCUCUAAUUUCUUUGAAGGAUCAACUGUGGAAAGACAUGCGAGGCACCCUCAGUCACGCUUUCACAGGGAGUAAAAUGCGCCAAAUGUUUCAAUUGGUGGACGAAUGCAGUCAUAAUGCCAGUAAAUUUUUAAAAUCUGAAGCCAAAGGGAAAGGACUGAUAGAAAUGGAAUUGAAAGACCUUUUUACACGCUUCACCUACGACGCCAUAGCAACAUGCGCUUUCGGAAUCCAAGUGAAUUCGUUAUUGGAAAAGAAUAAUCAAUUUUAUCAUAUGUCGAGAAAGGCUACGAACCUCUCCGGGUUUACAGCUAUCAAGUUCUUCUUGUUUACGAAUUUUCGUAAAAUAAUGAAGUUUUUCAAAGUCAAGUUGUUCGAUAAAAAAUUCUCAAAAUACUUCUAUAGUCUCGUGUUGGAUACGAUGCAAGAAAGAGCCGCGAAAGGGAUCAUUCGUCCAGACAUGAUCCACCUUCUCAUGGAAGCUCGUAGAGGAGCUCUGCAAGCAUAUGACAUCGGCAAAUCCGACAUUGAUGAAGGUUUUGCCAUACUUCAAGAAUCAGGUGUGGGUCAAAACAUAGUGAAGCAUAUUUGGACCGAGGGCGAGUUGGUCGCCCAGUGCUUCGGAUUCUUCAUCGGAGGUUUCGAAAUGUCCUCCGUUUUAAUGUGUUUCUGUGCUCACGAGCUAAUGGAGAACCCCGACAUUCAACAAAAACUAAUUGAGGAAAUCGAUCAAGUCCGCGAAGGAUUGGGGCACAGAUCUUUGACAUACGAAAUACUUCAACGAAUGCAGUACAUGGACAUGGUUAUAUCAGAAACGCUGAGAAAAUGGCCCCCAGCUGCAGCUACGGACCGGGUUUGCAACAAGCCUUAUGUUAUAAGUGAUGAAGCAGGCAAAACUGUAAAAUUGUAUCCAGGAGAUGUCAUUUCAAUACCUAUCGCUGGUCUUCACCAUGAUCCAGACUACUUUCCUAACCCAGAUAUAUUCGACCCCGAACGAUUUAGUCCGGAAAACAAAAACCAAAUAAAUCCAUUCACAUAUCUACCGUUUGGAGUUGGCCCAAGGGGCUGCCUUGGUUCCAGACUUGCAUUGAUGGAAACCAAAGCAAUUAUUUUCCAUCUGCUAUCAGAGUUUACUUUUGAAGCCUCUCCACGAUCCCGUAUUCCAGUAGCGUUGAAACGAGGGAGCUUCCAACUCAGGGCGAAGUGCGGAUUUUGGAUAAAUUUUAAACCUAGAAAAUAGAUUUACUCAUUUACUGUCACUUAUUGUACUCAUAGAAAUAAAUUAAUAUGAUAAGCCAAAAAAUUAAAUAUAAGU